AUGGCGGCCGCUCCGCCCUCAGGCCCGCGGCGUUGCACGGCAGCGCCCCCUGGCGGCGGCUCUGAGCGGCGCGGCCGCCCGCAGCCCGGCAUGGAGGAGGACGAGGCGGGCGCGGAACCGCGGGGCUGCCACCGCCGCUCGCCCAGCCCCGGCCGCCUGGAUGUGAGUUCCAGCCGCUUCGACCCGCUGCUGGCGCUCUACUCGCCGCGCACGCCGCUGCCCUUCCCCGCAGCGCCCUGCUUCAACAACCUCGCCGAGUACGAGAGCUUCCAGCGCGGCCUGCGCCGCCCGCCCGGUCGCCGCGCCGCCCCCGCCGCCCGCCGCGGUGCCCCCGCCGCCCGCGCGUCCCGCCGGGGCCGGCCCGCCGCCGACCCCGAGCGCAUCCAGCGCCUCCGCAGCCUCAUGGUCAACGCGGGCCCCGAGCAGGAGGGGGCUGAAGGCGGAACGGCCACGCGGCGGCGGCGGGCACCGCGCAAUGUCCUCACCAGGAUGCCCCUCCAUGAAGGCAGCCCACUGGGGGAGCUCCAUCGCUGUGUCCGAGAUGGUAUCAGAAUUAAUGUCCACAUCCGCACUUUCAAAGGGCUUCGUGGAGUCUGCACAGGCUUCUUGGUUGCAUUUGACAAAUUCUGGAAUAUGGCCCUGACAGAUGUGGAUGAGACUUACAGGAAGCCAGUAAUGGGCAAAGCCUUCUAUGCAGAACCUCAGCUCUCACUGACCCGACUGUUUGACAGACUCAAACUGCAGGAAUCCUCGGGGAAGAAGGGAGCUGACUCAAAGACUGUCUCAGAGGAGCUGGCCCUGACAAAUGACUCUCAGAUGCUGAGUUUGAAAGCUGGAUCUGGACGAGGGAGAGCAGAAGAGGAGCGUGAGAGGCACAAACACAUGGGCAGAGCUGGAGAGAAGAAGACCCCAGGUGACAGAAGUGAAGCUGAUGUGGGCAGCAGGACUGCCCACGCAGAGGGGGCCAGUGCUGGUGGGGCCCGAGCCAGGAGCCAGUCCCAGAGGAGAAGGCGGCCCAAGGUGGAUUAUCAGCAGGUGUUCACACGCCACAUCAACCAGAUCUUUAUUCGAGGAGAGAAUGUCUUGCUUGUCCAUUUAGCACAUUGACUUGGCUGAGCCUUUGUCAGCAUAUUUAUUUGAUAGCAUGACUUACUGCUGCAGCUCCCAUUGCUAUUUAGAGUUGUCAUUGAGUAGGAUGGUACCGUGGCUGGUUUCUCAUUGCCACCACAAAGUAGAGGAAGGAAUUGUAACUUGAGCAUCCUGGGCUUGAUGCCAAAGCAGCCCCCUUAGAUCCCUGCUGGGGGUCUCAGGAGAAGGUCAGCAACACAAUUGCUGUGAUAUGAGGGAGUUAAGCACAGAUCCCACUGUUUCUUAAAAGGAAGCUAAAUGUAGAGGGUUGUAAGAGAAUUUUGGUGUACUCUUACAGGAGCUACAUGUGGCACACAUUUAAGGAUAAGAUAAAUAGGACCUGCAAUAAAUCAGAAAUGCUCUUUUGCACAUUCUGAGUAAUAUCAAUAGGAAAUUGCUAAUGAAAUCAACAGUUUAUAUGCUGCUUUUCAUGGAUAUCCUCUUUUCCAGACAUAAUUCUGACAGUCAUUUUUAAAUAGUUUAUAAAACAUUGGAAUCACAUCCUGCUGAUGGCUACUGGCCUCUUUGCCAUAGCUCUGUAAUGCCCUGUGUGAUAGGAAACUUCUUAGUUGUAAACUGCUCUUUUAAUGGGUGAUGGUAAGACUGUAACUUGUUUCCAGUAUCAGAGCUUAGGCUCUCUUUGUAAUGCUGUGCUUUGGCCCUGUGUCACCAGCAAGCAGAUGAUGUAGCUGAUCCAGAGACCUCCCUUGUUUGGAGUUUAUCUGUGGGUGAAGAUGGAAAACUAUCCUUUUAUAUUUCACCCACUUGCUACUUAGUGUAACAGUGAAGCUGACGAGGAUUGGGUUUUUCUCAGGUGUGUUUGUGCUCAGCACACUUGUCCUGUAUUUAAACACCUUUCAGGCUCCUCUACUGAAACCAGAGCUGCCGUGUCUCCAGCAGUUCUCAUGGAGCAGGAAUCUUCAUGAGUCUUUCCUGUCCAUGUGAAGGAUGCAUCAUCUAAUUCCAGCUGACCUUUGGAGAUGUACCUGAAAAAAUUUUGAAGUAUAGAAGUCAACUCAUCAGUGUUUCAUUUUAGCAAGGCUGUUGAAUUAUUGUCGGUCAGGCCAGGGUUCUGCAGGUAUAAACUGCUUUCCAAAAUACCUACCUGCAGAAGUUUGAGGGUAAAUGAAGCUGUUCCAUUAUGUGGCUUGUUCCCUUUGUUGUCAAAGGAGAUUUCAUGCUGCUAUUCUGUAUUCAUCUCAACUGCCUUGUGCUUUGCAGCAGCUCUGUGUGUUUAAGCUGAAGUUGGGAAAUUGCUUUAUAACAGGACUUAUAUUGCAUAUAGAUGCCUUGACUUCUCAAAUUGAGUGGUUGUACUAUGGGUGACGUGAAUUUCUGUUGCUGCAGAUGCAGCAUUCUGCUUGCUUGGUCGUUAGAGAUAUGUGUGGUGUUUGGGUGAAUCACAGAAAUCAUUUAGCAGGCAUUCUGGACACACAAGGCAGCUGUUUGCCUCUGGGGGAACUUGAAACUUAUGUCAACAUUUCACAUGACAUGGGGCUUGAUGAGCUCAGCCACUGAGCUCAAAGCCAAGUUCAGCCUGGGAUAGAAUAAGAAGUACUGUUGAGGCAAAAUAGUUUUAUCAAGGGUAAAAAUGAAAUAAAAAAAAAUUAAAUAUUCUCUACAGCUUCUUCUGAAACA